GCCCCUGAUGAUUACUCUUAAAAGGGUGCCUCAGCUAGGCAGGGAAACAGUUGCUGACCAAACGAGAUACAGCAUACUUGAUUCAGCCUUCUUGAAUGCCUAGUCAUUUUAGUUUUAUAUCAGCCUGAUCAAACGGGACCAUGUCCACCUUUGGCUACAGAAGAGAGCUCAGUAAAUAUGAAGACAUUGAUGAAGAUGAGCUCCUCGCUUCUCUGACCGAAGAGGAGCUGAAGGAAUUGGAGAGGGAGCUGGAGGACAUAGAGCCCGACCGCAACCUGCCAGUGGGACAACGGCAAAAGAGCCUGACCGAGAAAACCCCAACAGGGACUUUCAGCAGGGAAGCCCUGAUGGCCUAUUGGGAGAGGGAGACCAGAAAACUCUUAGAAAAAGAAAGGCUGGGUGCAUGUGACAAGGAUUCAGAGCAAGAGGAAAACAAUGCAGAAGACAUUCAGGAAGAAUAUUUCACAGAAAGCAAUAGUGAAGUGUCCGAGGAAGCAUAUACUGAAGAGGAUGAGGAAGAGGAAGAAGAUGAUGAGGAAGAUGAAGAUGAAAGUGAUGAAGAUGAGGAUGAAGAAAAGCAAAAUGCUGCAGCUGGUGAAAGAACUGUGAAUUGUGAAGGUGGCAGGAGUUCUGACCACAUUAAACGCAAGAAAUGUAACAGCCAGAAGGACAGUGAAAGCUUACUCAAUGGCCACGAUGGAAAGGACACAGACAGUCUGAGCUUUAAAUCUAGUGCCAUCCACCCUUGCGGAAAUCCUACAGUUAUUGAGGAUGCUUUGGAAAAAGUUAAGAACAAUGAUCCUGACACCACAGAGGUCAAUCUGAAUAACAUUGAAAACAUCACUUCACAGACACUCAUACAGUUUUCUCAAGCCCUCAGGGACAACACAGUGGUUAAGUCAUUCAGUCUAGCUAAUACACGUGCUGAUGACAAUGUUGCAAUAGCUAUUGCUGGUAUGUUAAAGGUGAAUCAGUGUAUAAAUAGUCUGAACAUUGAGUCAAAUUUUGUCACAGGUAAAGGGAUACUGGCCAUCAUGAGAGCUUUGCAGAAUAACAAGGUUCUAACAGAGUUACGAUUCCAUAAUCAAAGGCACAUAAUGGGCAGCCAGGUGGAAAUGGACAUAGUUAAACUGUUGAAAGAGAACACCACUCUAGUCAAGCUGGGAUACCACUUUGAGCUUGCUGGACCAAGAAUGAGCAUGACAAGUAUCCUGACAAGAAACAUGGAUAAACAAAGGCAAAAGCGUAUGCAGGAGCAACGGCAACAAGAGUCUAGUUGUGAUGGAGCAAUCAAUCCCAAGACCAAAGUCCUGCAGAAAGGAACUCCUCGGUCCUCACCUUAUGUAUCACCUAAGAGCUCGCCUUGGUCCUCUCCAAAGCUCUCUAAGAAAGCACCACCAAUGAAAAGUCAACCCCCAGCUCCAGCUCCAGCACCUCCACCCCCUCCACCUCCUCCACCCCCUCCACCUCCUCCUCCUCCUCUCGUCUUUCCAGAAAAGAAGGUACCAACUAGGAAUAUAGCUGAGGUCAUCAAGCAGCAAGAAAGCUCAAAAAAAGCUUUACAAAAUGGACAGAAAAAGAAGAAAGGCAAAAAGAGCAAAAAGCAUGAGAACAGUAUAUUGAAAGAAAUUAAAGAUUCUCUAAAAUCAGUCUCAGAUAGAAAAUCAGAAGAAGGUUCACGACCCUCUACUCGACCCUCCACCCCACAAAGGUCUCUCCAUGACAAUCUCAUGGAAGCAAUUCGAGCAAGCAGCAUAAAACAGUUAAGGCGGGUGGAGAUUCCAGAAGCCCUUCGGUGAGAGCUUGGACAACAGAAGAACCAGAGCACUGGUCAAGGGGAGGUUACUGAUCCGUUCACUGGCGGUAAAAAUAGACUGUAUAGCAAGUUGUUUCCUAAGUACACUCUUAGAUUGGAACCAUUUUUAUUUUCUUUUAAUAGAAAUUAAUCCACUAAACAAUGCUUUAAGGAUACAUCUGCCUUAUAAUCUGUAAAUAUGGAAAUAUUUUUUUUAUUUAAUGAGAUUUCUAUUGAGAAAUUUCUGCUUAUUUAGAUACUCCUUUCAAUCUCUGAUUGCACAUCAUGUACAAGUUCUUCGCACUGAGAUGUAAUAGUUUACUGACCUGCAGUUUCUUUUUCUUUUUUCUCCCCCCCCCCCCCAUGAAUUUACAAUAAAUGUGGUUUGAAGCUUUAAAGCAGAAACAUA